AUGUUGACAAAGACAAUCUUGUUCGGUAUCUCGGCCGCAUCUGCCGUCAAUGCCUUUCAAUAUGGCUACAACCACGUAACCGUACGGAAAGACAUCCCCUUGGUAGCAGCAAAUUUCAAAGAUGUCGAUAUCGAUCUGUAUUCGCCAGCCUUCCUCGACCCUGAGAGCCGACAUUCAGGUUUCAAGAAUGGAACUCAAGGGCCGACCUCUCACGAAGACAUGGCAAACUUUACAUCCGAAGAACUGAGAUCAUUCCCAUUUGUCAAGCUCUCAUCUUCAAAGGGUCCAAAGACUACAGACAAGGUCCGAGUUUGGGUUCAAGGCGCUGUACAUGGCAACGAGCCAGCUGGUGAUCAAUCCCUCCUCGCUCUGCUCGGCAAAUUCGACAAAGACCCCAAAUGGGCCUCAAAGAUUCUCAAGAACCUUGAUAUCGUCAUCUUACCUCGGUACAACCCCGACGGUGUUUACUAUUUCCAGCGUGUGCUCGCAACGAAUUUCGAUCCUAACCGUGAUCAUACUAAGCUUGCACGACAGCAGACUCGUAGUAUCAAGCAGCUUUUUAACGAGUUUGCUCCGCAUGUUGCCAUUGAUAUGCAUGAGUAUGGUUCAUCAAGUCGAUAUGGUAACUAUGUUCAAGCUUCUGAUGGUUUGUUCUCUGCUGCGAAGAACCUGAACAUCAACAAGAAUAUUCGAGAACUCUCUGAGAAGCUGUUUGCCAAGAACAUUGGUGAUGCUAUGGUCAAGGCUGGGUUGAGAUGGGAGCCGUAUGUGACUGGUAGAACUAGCACUGAUCCUGAUUACGUGCCCAAGUUCGAUGAAGCUGGCUCUGAUGCCAAGAUUGGUCGCAAUGCAAUGGGUCUCACCCAAUCCAUCACAUUCCUGAUCGAGAUGCGAGGAAUCGGUCUGGCCGACCAAGAAUUCCAACGCCGAACUGCCGCUGGCUUGACCAUGGCCAGCUCCAUCAUCGAAACCGCUUCCAACAACGCCCAGAAGGUGUUCAAGACCGUCGAGGGCGGUAUCAAAGACUUCAUCAAGUCCAAGGAACCCAUCGUCAUCACCGACUCAACAAAGUACAGCACACGAAUGUUCCAGAUGAUCGACUAUACGAACGGCUCAAUCGUCAAGGUUCCUGUUCAGUUUGCGUCUACUACACCAACUACUGCGAACCUGACUCGCUCUCGGCCGGAAUCUUACCUUAUCCCUGUUGCUUGGGCUGAUAUCGCCAAGCGCCUUGAGGUUUCUGGUCUUGAAGUCGAGACUCUUAGUAAGCCCUGGAGCGGUACAGUUGAAGCAUUGAAUGUUACAUCUUCGGAGCUCAGCAGUUCGUACUACGAAGGAGCUGUGCUUGCGACUGUUACAACUGAAACCAAGAAGCGACAGCUGACUUUGCCGGCUGGCAGCUUUCUAGUCAGCACCAGGCAGAAGAACGCGGGACUGGCUCUGAAUGCAUUAGAACCUGAGAAUAUUGAUUCUUAUGCUAGUUUCAACAUUAUCCCUCUUGAAGUUGGAGAUGAGUAUCCUAUCUUUAGGAAUUAUGCCAAAUACAUCGUUGACGUUCCUUUUCCCCUUCGUCCUUCAAGCCACAAUGGAAAUUCUAAUUUGAAGAUAUUCGUUGGAUAUCGGUUUCGCGGAGUAUUGGGACGGCAUUCGGUAUCUUUUGCCGAUCCGCAUCUAGCCUCGACUACCCUCCACCAAGCCAAAAUACUGCUAUUCCAAAUCCAGAAGGCCGAUGGAGACGAUGCUGCCGUGCAGCAGCUCAAGAAACCACUAUCCAGCUUUAGCCGUGCUGGUGUUUCAACACUUCACGCCAAGAUCAACAGCCCUCCACCACGAAUUGUCAAAAGUCAAGGAUGUUGGCUGGAAACAGAACAAGGUCAUCGGAUCUUGGAUGCAUCUUCAGGUGCAGCUGUCGUAUCGAUCGGACAUAAUGAGUCAAGAGUCAAAACCGCCAUUUCUUCUCAGCUGGACCAGGUAGCAUAUUGCUACAACCCAUUCUUCACUACAGAAGCAGCAGAGAAGAUUUCUAGUUUCCUGACUGAGUCUACCAAUGGGGCUAUGUCCAAGGUUUUCAUAGUCAGCUCAGGUACUGAAGCUGUUGAAGCAGCGUUAAAAAUCGCCCGUCAGUAUUUUACAGAGUUACCAACACCACAGCCAUCCAGGACGAAGUUCAUUGCUCGCAAGCAAUCGUAUCAUGGUAACACGCUUGGGUCUUUGGCAGUAGGAGGCCACAAGGCCCGACGUGGCGUGUACGAACCUAUUCUUGCAACCAAUGUUUCUCAUGUCUCUCCAUGCUAUCCUUAUCGAGAGAUGAAAGCGGAUGAAACAGAACAGCAAUAUGCACAACGACUAGCCAAAGAGCUAGAUGAUGAGUUUCAACGUCUCGGCCCUGACACUGUUUGUGCCUUUAUCGCUGAAACAGUAUCUGGAACCUCAUUAGGCUGUGCACCUCCAGUGCCUGGGUACUUCAAAGCUAUCAAAGAAGUAUGCGAUCGUCACGGUGCUCUUCUGAUUAUGGAUGAAGUCAUGUCUGGAAUGGGAAGAACAGGCACGCUCCAUGCUUGGGAACAAGAAGGUGUAGUGCCAGAUCUGCAGACUGUUGCUAAAGGUCUGGGGGCUGGUUACAUGCCUGUGGGAGCCUUGCUUGUCGGUAACAAAGUUGCAGACGCUCUUGCUAAUGGCUCAGGAGCUUUCUCUCACAGUCAAACUUACCAGGGUCAUCCUGUUGCAUGUGCAGCCGCGUAUGCUGUGCAGACUGUUAUGAAGGAAGAUAAUAUGCUGCAGAAUGUGCAAGAUACGGGCAAAGUACUGGGUGAGAAGCUCAAGGAGCGACUAGCAGGGCACAAGAAUGUGGGAGAUGUCCGUGGACGAGGACUUUACUGGGGCUUGGAAUUUGUUCGUAACAAAGAGACGAAGGAGCCUUUUGAUCUGAGCGAACAAAUCGCUGGAAAGCUGCACAAGGCUGGGCUGGGAACCGAUCAUGGUAUUUCAUUGAUUCCAAGUACCGGCUGCCUCGAUGGUGUUCAAGGAGAUAUGGCGAUCGUCUCUCCACCUUUCACAAUCACGAAGGAGGAGAUCGAGUUGCUAGUUGACAAGGUCGAGAAAGUUGUCACUUCUGUCCUAGGAGCAUAG